AUAAUGCAUCCUAGAGUGGAUAAACUAAAAAUCAGACUACAACAAUGCAGUAUAAAACCAGUAAAUGAAGUUCCCAUUGAAGACUUGAACUCACAUUUGCAUAAUAUAACAUUAUUCCGUCUUGAAAACUGUUCUCAAAUGUCGAUUAUUCAAUGCAUAGUCAAAGAUGGCAAUGAAUUCAAAAAUGUUAUUCUCCACCUGAAUGAAGAUUAUAAAUGGGAGGAUAAAACAGACGGCCUUCAGUUGGAAUUUCUUUCAUUAUCAUCCGGUAGUAGAUGUACCAAAGAGGCGUCUGAUGUUAUUACAUCAGUUAUACCCUUUGUAAAUCAAAAAGUGGAGAAAAUUAUGAAUGAUUUUAUCGUCAGUUUCAAUCAAUCAUCUAUCCUUCUUGAAGCUACUAGAAGUCGACUUAUUGAAACUGGACAAAUUCAAACACUGCUGAACGACUUUUCAAGUAUACUUAAUGAAUCAUCGAUUUGUUCUGCCAAAAUAUUGGAUCAUUGCCAGAGUGAAGAUGAGAUUGACAGUGUUGGUCAGCAGGCGGAAGAGAAGGAGAAAGUUGUGGAAGAGACGAAAAUGAUUUAUAUGUCAGUGAUGAACAAAACGACCCGGUUAAUGUAUCACUAA